CCUACCAAGAAGACCAAGACCAGGAAGCUCCGAGGGCACGUCAGCCACGGACAUGGUCGUAUCGGUGAGUUGAACAUGGUCAACAUUGAGGAUACUUGUGGGUAGUAAGGGUGGCUAUUGCAAAACGUGUGAAAACUGUUUCUCUUCCUAGGAAAGCACAGGAAGCAUCCUGGAGGUCGUGGUAAUGCUGGUGGCAUGCAUCACCACAGAAUUAACUUCGACAAAUAGUGAGUAGAGUACUUUACCAUGUCUGUUUUAGUGCAACACUAUUUAGCAUAUUCAUUGUGAACCUUAGUGUAGGUGUACACUGCAUUGUUUGGUGGCUUGAGUAGUAAGAACACAUUAUCAAUGUUGUGUUUUAAGAGGAAGUGAUCCUCUGCAUAGUGAGUGAUGCUGUCACAGAGACUCAGAGUCUCAUCUUGACAAACACUGUUGUCUUGGUGUGCUAGAGUUCUCUAAAAGUGAAGACUGGUCCUAUUCACCGACUGGCCCCUCUUAGGCCAGUCACCCACAUGGGCAGUUACAAGUAUUGACAUUUUUGCCAACACAUUUGUUAGUCCUAUACAAUGUUUUUUGCUACAAAACUGAAGGCUGUGGGAUGAAAUCAUUACUCAUCACAUUCAUUUUGUGCAACAGGUUGUCUUGUAUUUAGCAACUUCACAGCAUGACAACUAUCUGAGGACAUACAAAGUCCUGUACUUGUAGUGCAGCAAUGGAUUUUUUUUUUGCUGAUUGGUUUUGCUUUCCCACCACUUCAUGUCAUCUAUUGAUUACUUUGUCAUGACGGUGUUUAAGACUGCGCUUCAACUUUAUCACCAGUAACAGUUGGUGUAACAAUGUGCUUGAUGUGUCCUGUCUGGUGUCCUCUGUGCUUCCACAGCCACCCCGGGUACUUUGGUAAGGUGGGCAUGCGACACUACCAUCUCAAGAGGAACACAGUGCACUGCCCCACUGUCAACCUGGACAAACUGUGGACGCUGGUGAGCGAGCAGACCAGACUGAACUACGCCAAGAAGCCCGAAGGCCCUGCACCCAUCAUUGAUGCCGUGCGUGCUGUAAGUAUCUUCCCCAGAGCACCAUAUGUCUGGUCCCAGAUGAAGGUGCUGGUUCAUACAUCAACUAUUCUCCCUUUAACUGUAAUGGUUUUUGAAGGUAGAUUCUGUUUCAUUUGAGGAACAGUUUAACUUGCUUCCAGGUAUGGCAAUGGAGAAAAUAAAAAAAACUUUUAGAUUAUGACCAGCCUACUCUACAGGCCUUUUCUUUAGCCCAGUUCUAACACAUCUGAUUCAGGUAAUCAUUCCCCUGGUUAGUGGCUUGUCAAUAACUUUGUGUUCAGGAGGCCACACUGAGUGAUGCUGUCAGAGACUCAGAGUCUCAUCUUGACAAACACCGUUGUCUUGGUGUGCUAGAGUUCUCUAAGAGUGAAGACUGGUCCUAUUCACCGGCUGACCCUGUCAUAGGUCAAUCGGCCACAUGGGCAGUUACACGUGUUAAACAUUGUUGCCAGCACUGUUCUAGAGCCAUGUUUGAGCAGGAGCUCUUGGCCUUUACUCUCUGUCAUGCCCAAAGUUAGAGAAAUAAUUAUGCAUGUCGAACUUCCUUGUGUACUAGCUGGCUGUUCAAACUAAACUGAUGUAAAGUCCCUAAUAAGAGGCUUGCGCAAAUGACAGCCUGCUGCGAUUGUUGCGUAAUAUUGGCUUCUUGACCACUAGCUCCAGGGUGUCAAUGGUUUUGACUUUUAAAAAUCAAGUUUGUUGUAGCCAUGCUGGCCUCUAUGGCGCUGAAUGGCAUAGUUGUGAAAUGAGAUGUUACUGCAGUAGCUGUUGUGCUGUGAUGGUUUAUCACGUGGAUAUAGAUGGUAGCUAGUAGUUUGAGAUGGCCAUGCAUGUAUUCAAGGUCUGAGGUCUGUAUACUUGUGUAACUGGAUCUGCUGCCUAUCGUUUUGGAAUUAUUCAUUUUGCAGAUGCAACUUCCGUGAGUGAAAUACAUGGCAUGUAGGGCCGUGUAGUUAAUAGGACUGACUUUGUGGGAAGGUGGGCAACUUGAUGAGAUGUCCUUUUUGUGUAGGUGUGUUAACAAAUGUUGGUUCUGUCUCCACAGGGCUACUUCAAAGUGCUGGGCAAAGGGAAGCUGCCCAAGCAGCCCGUGAUUGUCAAGGCAAAGUUCUUCAGCCGACGGGCAGAGGAGAAGAUCAAGGCAGUGGGAGGAGCCUGCGUGCUAAUGGCAUAA